CCUUGCUCGCGCGCGCGCACUAAGGCGCCGCCGCCGCCGCCGCUGCCGCCGCCGCCGCCGCCGCCGGGGCUGCUGCUCCGGCUGCUGCAGGAGGCGGCGCUGGCUGGCGGCUGCGCUCGCUCCAGUCGGCGAGCGGAGGAGCGAGCGUGUGUGUGUUUUUUAAAGAUGGCCGGAGCGGCGGCGGCGGUGGCCGCGGGAGCAGCAGCUGGAGCCGCCGCGGCAGCGGGGUCGGUGUCGGCUCCGGGUCGGGCCUCGGCGCCCCCUCCGCCUCCGCCCGUGUACUGUGUAUGCCGGCAGCCGUACGACGUGAACCGCUUCAUGAUCGAGUGCGAUGUCUGCAAGGACUGGUUCCACGGCAGCUGUGUUGGUGUAGAAGAGCACCAUGCUGUCGACAUUGACGUAUAUCAUUGCCCCAACUGUGCCGCUCUACACGGCUCGUCCUUGAUGAAGAAGAGGAUGAACUGGCACCGGCAUGACUACACGGAAGCAGACAGUGGCUCCAAACCCGUGCAAGCUGGAACUAGAGCUUUUGUUAAACAGCUCCGGUCUCGAGGCUUCCCAAGUGCCGAUGAAAUCAUUGUAAAGAUGCAUGGCAGUCAGCUGACACAAAGAUAUCUGGAGAAACAUGGAUUUGAUGUACCUAUUAUGGUCCCUAAAUUAGAUGACCUUGGACUCAGGCUUCCUUCACCUGCUUUUUCAGUGAUGGAUGUGGAACGUUAUGUAGGUGGUGACAAAGUGAUAGACGUUAUUGAUGUGGCAAGGCAGGCGGACAGCAAAAUGACACUUCACAAUUAUGUUAAAUACUUCAUGAAUCCUAACAGACCAAAAGUGUUAAAUGUGAUCAGCCUUGAAUUUUCAGAUACAAAGAUGUCUGAAUUGGUGGAGGUUCCUGAUAUAGCCAGAAAACUUUCAUGGGUGGAAAAUUACUGGCCAGACGAUUCCGUCUUCCCCAAGCCCUUUGUCCAGAAAUACUGCUUAAUGGGAGUUCAAGAUAGCUACACAGAUUUCCACAUUGACUUUGGUGGGACUUCAGUCUGGUACCAUGUCCUUUGGGGUGAGAAGAUUUUUUAUUUGAUAAAGCCAACAAAUGAAAAUUUGGCACUCUAUGAAUCUUGGAGUUCAUCUGUGACCCAGAGUGAGGUGUUCUUUGGAGAUAAAGUAGAUAAAUGCUACAAAUGUGUGGUAAAGCAGGGACAUACCUUAUUUGUUCCUACAGGGUGGAUUCAUGCUGUGCUCACUUCUCAGGACUGUAUGGCUUUUGGAGGUAACUUUCUGCACAACCUCAACAUUGGCAUGCAGCUCAGGUGUUAUGAGAUGGAAAAAAGACUAAAAACACCAGAUCUUUUCAAAUUUCCUUUCUUUGAAGCCAUAUGCUGGUUUGUAGCCAAAAGUUUGCUGGAAACCCUGAAAGAACUGAAAGAAGAUGGUUUCCAGCCUCAAACUUACUUAGUACAGGGAGUAAAAGCACUGCAUACUGCUUUAAAAUUAUGGAUGAAAAAAGAGCUUGUAUCUGAACAUGCCUUUGAAAUUCCAGACAGUGUUAGACCUGGGCAUCUUAUUAAGGAACUUUCUAAAGUAAUUCGAGCAAUAGAGGAGGAAAAUGGCAAGCCAGUUAAAUCUCAGGGAAUUCCUUCUGUGUGUCCAGUUUCACGGCCUUCAAAUGAAGCAUCUCCACCAUAUCAUUCCCGGAGAAAGAUGAGGAAACUUCGAGAUCAUAAUGUCCGAACUCCUUCUAACCUUGACAUCCUUGAACUUCAUACAAGGGAAGUCCUCAAAAGAUUAGAGAUGUGUCCAUGGGAGGAGGACAUAUUGAGCUCUAAACUCAAUGGAAAAUUCAACAAACAUCUCCAGCCAUCUUCCACAGUACCUGAAUGCAGAGCGAAAGAUAAUGAUCUACGAUUACUGCUGACAAAUGGAAGAAUAAUCAAAGAUGAGAGACAGCUGUUUGCAGAUCGGAGUCUUUAUACAGCAGAUAGUGAAAAUGAAGAAGACAAACCAACAAAGAAGGCAAACAUGAAGACAGAACAGAGCUCAGGAAGAGAGGAGGCAGAAAGUGAAGGAUCUCCAAAACCACUAAAUAGAAUUUUUACAAGUGUGAAACCAGAACUCAGGAGUAGACCAUCAGAAUACUCUGAUGUUUCUGAUUCAGAAGACUCUGGACCUGACUGCACUGCACUGAAAAUUCAUUUUGCCACUGAAGAUUCUGAAAGUUCAGGUGAUGAAAAGAAACAUGAAAUAACAUCAAACUCUAAAGAGGAAUCUGAUAUAGUGAGGAACCUCCUUCAGAAGAGCCAAAAGCCAUCUAGAAAUGAAAUUCCAGUUAAACGGGAACGCCCCCCCUCGACAGGCACGGAGGAAGAUGCUAUUCAGGGCAUGCUGGCCAUGGCAGGGUUACACUAUCCCACGUGCUUACAAAGGCAGCUACAGAGCACAGACUGCAGUGCUGAGAAGAACUUCCUCCAGGAUCCCAGCAGCUGUCACAGCAGGAACCCUGAAUUUAGGCAGUUGUAUCGUUGCAGUAAACCAGUGGAAAUUGGCUACCAUGCCAAGACCGAAGAUCAGGAUUUGAUGACUUCUUCCUGGAAUAAACAGUUUGAUCGAACUUCCAGAUUUAAUGCUCAGGACUUAAGUAGAAGCCAGAAAUACAUCAAAAAGGAAAGCUCUUCAGAAAUCAGUCAGAAGGCACAAAGCAGGCAUUGUGUGGACAGCAAUAACUCAAGCAUUCAGAAUGGAAAAUACACGCUAAAUCCCAGCUUGGUUUCAUGCCAGAUAAGUAAUGGCAAUCUGAGCCCAGAAAGGCCUAUUGGUGAAACUUCUUUUUCAGUGCCCCUUCACCCCACCAAGAGACCUGCAUCAAACCCACCACCUAUCAGCAACCAGGCAACAAAAGGUAAACGUCCAAAAAAAGGAAUGGCAACAGCCAAGCAACGUCUUGGGAAGAUUCUUAAGUUGAACAGAAAUGGCCAUGCUCGCUUCUUCGUGUGACAGGGCUGCUAUUGCAGUCACUCUUCCCUCGGAUGCCAGUCUUGGGGUGUGGAAGCCUGGUGUUUCCCCUAUCCCUGCCUGGAGCAGUUUGUGUGUACAGUAAGAAGACUGCGAAGAACAGAAUGAACCUGAUGCUGCAUUUUCACUGUGCCACGCCCACUCAGCAAUAACCCUUGGACCUGGUGGGGAGAGGAAGGAGGAGGGUAGUAGAACCUUAAAAAGAGACCUUGAACUGGAAAGGGGUCUCUUGUCAGGGCUUGAAUUUAAUUUUGUUGGUGGUAGUGUCUUGAUUUUAUUUUUCAGUAGUAGGAUAAAGAAUUAUCAAUAAUUUAUUUAACAGAUUUUUUUUAAAGUUAACAGCUUUUAAAUCCUUUUUUUUUUAAAGCUAUUUAUUUGGAAGAUUUCUGGAGAAAUAUCUCACUAAUUUAGAGUUAAGAAUGUGAAGGUUUUUAAAUUAUUUUUGAUAGUGUGUGUGUUACAUGUGGGGAAGAGCCACAGUAACAGUAGCUAGUCUGGACUCUUAAAUUUGAUAUUCAGGUUAAAGUCUUAAACAGGGAUUUGAUGCAUUAAUUAUUUUAAAUUAAGAUGUAUAUGAAAUCAUUUUAUUUUAUAUAUUUCAUGUGUUUUUUAUAAGCUAUUAGCUUCGCUUUUGCUAACAUCCAAGGUGCAUACUAUAAUCCAGGUUGAUUCCCCUACACCCCACCUUCCCUCUGCAGCCCAAUCCCCAAUGUUUUGAGACAACCCGAGACUCCUCUCUUUGCAGGGAAACAUGUUCAUAGCCAAUGUUUAAGAACCACAUAAAAGAGCCCUCAUUUUCUCGUUUCUUUUGACAUUGUGGUUUUCUUCUACAAGUAAAGAAUCAGGCUUGUUUCAUUUUCAUUUUUCCUGAUGAUAUCUGGGUCCCAAAGAGAACAGCUUUAAUGUCUUUCUCCUGCUUAUGGGGAAAGUAUAAGUUUGGUUAAAAUGUCAUGUUUGUCGUUUUUCCAAAACCUUUAUAAUUACAGAGGGCCUUCUUCAAUACUGCUGGUGUUGGAAGAGCCAACAUCUAGCACAGGUUAUUAUCUUACCAUGCUUUUAUUAUGUACACAUCAUUUUUUUCAGAUACAAUUUGAUUUAGGAUGUUCAAGUCUGCAUAAAAGCAGUAAUAUAUACCAUAUUAAGUUGUAUAAUAGCAAGCAUGUUGGAAUAGAUCUUUCUGUGUGUGUGUGUGAGCGUGUGUGCUACUUUUUUAUUUUUUAAUUUUCUGAAGAAUCAUUUCAAUACAGAUUUGGAGUAAAAUGGGUGCUUUUUGUAGUUUCUUCCAUUUGUCUUGGCUAGUAGGAUAUGGAGGUUAAGUGUCUGGUUGAACCUAUAAUUAAGAUAAUUUAUCUCCUUUAUGUACAAUUUUUACUUAAAUGCAAUUUUUCAGUGGCUUAUAAGUUUUUAGUCUCUCCAUUUUCACCUCAUGGCAUAAAAAUAAAUUGAUAUUGGGGGUCUGAUGGUAUCACAUUUUACAAAUUCCUACAAAGACAAUAUAGGCAAAUAACAUGAACUUUAUUUUUAUGGAGAAAUAUGGCUAUAUAAUGGAUUUUUGUCCUUUUCAACUCAGCAAGUUAGCUAGACUUUUUCUUCUGUAUUAAACAUAAGUUGAAAGAAAAUAAUUAUGUACCAUUAUCUUUCAUAGUUGCAUUCAAAAUAUGUAUUUCCAAAGGGAAAUAUUUCUUAUUCUGUCUCUUUUACAAUAUUUAAUGGGAUAAGGAAGUUAUGAAUUCAUCUUCUGGUCCAGAUUGUCUGGAUCAAAGUUUCAGUUGUAUUUUGUGUGUCAAGAAGAAGGAUUUUUGUGACAUUCUUAGCAUCUGUGGAUAGCACCCCUAACCCCUGCCUACACUAUGCCUGCCAUAACUAGUGGAGAGAGGGAUACAGUCAGCUGGUUGUUGUAUUUCAACAUGCAAAAAAAUCUGAAUUUGACUGGUCACUCACCUUUCCACAAUAUAUCACUGUGAUGUCUUAGUUUUCUGUUUUAUUGUCAGAACCUAAGUUUUUAUUUGGGUUAAGAAAUAAGAGUGAUGACUUCUUUUCCCAGUUAUGAUCGUUUUAAACAACUCAAAAUAUUUUAAUUAUUUCAUUUUUUGACCAUAAAAAUUGAAAUUUAUUCUUAUUAGAAUUGUGGCCAGUAUCUUCCCUGUACCCUUAGAUUCAUAACACUAAUUUUGUAUUGCCUCAUAUCCAGUAUCUUAAAUGUCAGUUCUGUGGAUUCAUUUUUUUAAUCAUUUUAGCCUAUUAAUGGACUAAAUUACAAAACUUCUAGCUAGUUAAUACAGCCACUAUGAAAGAACCCAUGUAUCUUUCUGAAUUGAUAAAAAAUUCAGCUACACAGCCAAUGAUUUUUCUAGUCAAAUUUCUUAUGAAGUUCCCCAUCUGUAGUGUGACCUUUUAUCUCAUAGAAAUGGCUGGACUUUGAGGUGUGACUACUGCUAGGAUCUGGGCUCAACAGUAAUAGGUAGUCUCUGUCUUUCCCAUUGUCUCACAAGUAGUAUACUGCAGCUUAAGUCAGAAGACAAUGGUGAUAGCAUUUAGUUAGCUGUAAGCAAAUAAAAUGUAUAAAAUUGAGAAGUAACGAUUUAGCACCUGCAGCUUUAAUAGUAGUAGUGAUCUUGUCUUAAUUCAACUAAGUGACCCUUAACCUGGGAUCUACUGUACUGUAAUUGACAACAUUAUAUAAUAUUAUGCUCCCCAGUAUCCGUGAAUGAUUAACAAUACAAAACUGGCAGCUUAGUAGUUCAGGAUCUUUGGAAUACAUUGAAAUUCAUAAAUACAGUUCAUUUUUGAAGCACACAACUGAACCAUCUACUGAAAUCAUAAACUCAGAGGAGACAAGUCCAUCUAUAUGGCUAUAUACUUAGCUUGAAUACUAUUCUGUAUUUUACUAAUCCUAAUUAAUUCCUUUUCCAUUUAAUUUACUGUACUUUUUCAUAAGAGAUCAGCAGGUAUUAUCAGACACUUACUGAGUGCUCGGAAGUGGUGAGUACUGUGAGGAACCUCAGGUUCAUGUUAGUCUGCCCAUGAAGCUCUCUUCUCCAGUUAGGACAAAGUUGAGCAGCAGGCGGCCCAUUUGUAAAUAGAACAAACAAAACAAAAUCCAACUUCAUUAGUUUCAAUGAGAUAUACCACUGUAGAAGUGGAAGUGUUUAAAAAUAAAAUACCCAUGUUCUUUAACAUUUAAGAAAAAUUCUAUAAGUUAGUCAUUUCUGUUGGUAAUAAAAGGGUGUGGUAUAGUUUGGAAGGAAGCAAAAGACCUGCAUUUUAGCCCAUAUUCUGCCAUUUAUCAGCCAAGCAAUGCUGAGUCAGUAAAUUAUUCUGAGUUUUAUUUUUAAGUCCUAGUUUUCUUGUUUGUGAGUGUGGAUAAAAACUACUCAAUGAAGAACAGCAUUCUUCAGGUAUUAUGUUAUAUCCUACUUGUUUAAUUAUUAAGUUACAACUGAUGAUAAGUGCACCUUCUGAGAGUAAUUUGAGUGAAAAUAUACACCCAGGACAUGCUACCUAAAAACCUGACAAAUUUCCUAACAAGGUGCUGAAUUAGAAUCAGGUUUUAUGCUUGAAGUGAAAGAAAAAGAAAUGAGCUUGUUUGUGGGCAGAAGAGAACAUCCAUCAAGUCACCUGAUGGUUAUUUAGCACAACAGAGGAGCCAGCUUCAGGUUUUUUUCAAAGAGGAAUUAGUAGUACUCUUCUCCACAUUUGGCAUACUCUUCGGGUACUAAAGAUAAAAGAGGUGGUAAAUUUAAAAUGAUUUAGCAGCUACCCAUGGGGCUAGGGGAAAAAUAAGGUGAUUCAGAAAAACCUUUUCAAAGGCAGUUGUGGGCUAGGUACUAUGACAGCCCAGGGAGAGAGGAAAGUCUGUAGUGUAGAAAGGAGACUCAACUGGAUGUGUUCAAAGAUGAGUGUCAGCUUGCUUCAGAAGAUGUUCUGCAGUGUGAGACAGUCCAUGGGAGUUGGUGGGAAUCAUGAUGGCCUAGUAUACUGCUGCCAGAGAGACAGCAUAGCAAAUGUGCAUCUUUAGUAUUCACAUGGAGAUAGGAAACUUCAUAAUGCAAACAUAAGUGUCUCUCAAAAAAUUUAUUUUUCCCAUUAUAAAAUUAAUUGAUCCCUAUGUAAAAGUGAAGGUCUUGCCUUUCUUAUGUGCAAGGCCCUGGGACUUGAUCCCUAGCACCACAAAGACAUCAAGAGGAGCCAAGACUUUUUUAGACUGUUACGGGUAUCCUAGACUUUUAUUUAAUACAAUGUCAAAAAAUUUCACAUUAUAACUUUUGUCUAGGGAGAGCUAGCUAGUCAAUAAGGGUGACCGGUGUAACCUAGAUAGGACAGAUUUGCCUAGACACCAUUGGCUGUGGGAUCUCUUGUUUUCUUACACGGGCUCCACACUGUAGCCUCUGCUUGUCUUGUAGAUACGGCCCAUAGGUGUUCUUGAAGCUAGACAAAUUUAGUAUACUCUCUAAAUUGCUGUUGCGCAGUUGCCCUUCAUACCAUAGCCUUACUACUAACCCUUUCCUUAUUUUGCUUUCAUGCUGUAAGUGAAAAAAAAAAUUGAUACCCUUUCUAUAAACAUUUUUUAAAGGUUUUUAAAAAGAAGCAAAUGUCUAUUUCCAAAGCAGCUGGCAUAUCAUCAGUACCAUGGCUUUAUUCUUCUACAUUAAGUCUCCCCUCUUUACUGGGGAGAAGCAAAUAAUUCUCACUGGAGAAACCCUUAGGUUCCCCGUCACCUCUGGUGCCCUUCUAGUUUCUUAAGGCUUUGUCUUAACUGUGAUAUUACACUUACGUUUAAAACCUCUUAAAGGAUGUAUUCGAUGAUUCUUCCAGCCAAUGUAUCUGCUCUGCACUAUUCAUUAAUGGAACCCUGGCUACCACGUAGCCCUGACCUCUAAGUAGUUUACCUAUGCAAGACCUGCCACUCUGGAUUCAUUUUCAUUACAGAAAGCAGUCAUUAAUGUGAUUUAAUCAUAAAAGAGUUGUCUUCAAGUUUUUUUUUCAAAAUAUCAGCUAUUUUCCCUAAAACAAUUAUCAUAAGUGCUAGAAUAUAUACUAUUUUGCAGGAAUAAAAUAACCAAGACGUAAUAUAUUUCUUUGGUGGAUUUUGUUUUGUAAGAAAUGCCAGCACUAACUAUAUAGAGUUGAUUCUUUGCCUAGAAUAUUUUUUUCCCUUUAAGAGUCAUAAGUAACAUUUUAUUUUCACAAAGCAUGCAUUAUAACCACAAUAUAGUCAGGGACCUGAGGUGUAACUUGCUGAGUGAACCCCAUGGUUAUUUUAUCUUGCAAAAGAAACCUAAACCAAACUAAGGGCCUUACAGUUUAUGGUUAGACUGAAUCAAAUGCUGUAACCUCAGUUUUUCCAAAAACAGCUCCUGACUGCACAAGCAAGUCAUGCAGUUGUUAAAUAUGAAAUAGCACUGAUAGGAAAUGCAUGUGCAUCUUUGCAGACUGUAUUUCCUUUGGAAAAGACUUUUCUACUUUUAAUAUAAUUAAGCCAUAACAGUUUCAUGCUGUGGAAAGGAUGAAAAGGUUCAUUUUAAGAGAUUAUAUAGUGUGAACUUUCACAUUGAUUGUGAAACAUCUAACUUUGCCAGUGUUCAGCAAAUUUUCUUUUGGGGCAUUGGAGGGUGGUGAUGGGGAGGGGGUAGUGUUGGUUUUAGGGGUUCAACUCUGUGAAUUUGAAAACAGGACAGUUGUUGGCUAUGGUACUUACUAGUUUUGUAGUAAUGUUUUGCUAGCCUGACUUUCCUUACUGGUUUUUAUGUCUAUGGUCCCCAGUGACUGUUACUCUUGUUUGGAGUGUGUGCAGAGUAGUGUCAGAUGAGUCUCAUUUGUGUGUAGGCAGUCUGUGUAUGCACACGUGUCCUUUGACUGCAGAGGCACACGCUGUGACAAUGGGACGGGGUGUGGCAGGGAGUGGGACGCUGAAGCUUUAAGAGCAUUUGUUUUUAUUCAGAACAGUAUUUCCCAUCUUUUGCCUGCAGGCAGGGAAAGUGUACAGUAUUUAUUUUGUUUGUUUUACUCUGAAUUUGUAAGUCUCUAGCUUAUAUUAUUAUUAUAGGGAAGAUAAGUGACUUGCUUAAAGUUGUACUUAGUAUUCUUACUUCCUAAUUUCUGUACUGUAAAAUAUUGAAAUUAAAAUUGUAUUACGUUUGUUCUGA